AUGAAGGUGGGCGUGCAAUGCAUAGUGAACCGCUUUAGCCUUCUUGUGCUGGCGCUGUCCGGCGCUCUGGGCCUGGCCAUCGCGGCGGCGGUGCCAAAGGGCCUCGUGAAGUGGUGCACAGCUUUGGUAGCCAGCUGCUUCUUGAUGGGUGCCUCGUAUGUGGAGACGCUGGACGAGGGCAGGCCGCUGCACUGGGAGCCAAAGGUAAAGGUGGAGCAUAUCCAGCUGCAGGACGCCAGCCUCGGCCUUCCAAACGAUCGCUGGGUUGGAGAGACCUUCAGCGUGGUUUUGCCUUGUGCCUAUGAGGGCCUCUAUGCCUCCAGGACGGUGGAGUCGGUUUGGCGGCACACCAAGAAAAAUCGCCUGAAGGAGAUCAUUGUGGUGGACGACGGCAGCUCCCCAAAGCUGGAGCUGGAGCUGCCGGAGCCGCUGCAGGUGACCGCAGGAUCCGGCCCCCCGGCGCUGCGCGGUGCAUCCGAGCCGGCGGUGCGGCUGCUGAGGCACUCCAAGACCCUGGGGCUAAUCGCGGCCAAGAAGACGGGGGGAGAUGCGGCCCUGGGGGACGUCAUCGUGUUCUUCGACUGCCACGUGAAGCCGCGAGACGGAUGGGAGGAGGCCUUCCUCAGGCAGAUGCACCGCGCUGGGGACCACCGCACCAUGGUGGUGCCCACCAUCACUGCGCUGAACCCCGACACCUGGGAGGAGACAGCGGGCGCUACAAGCCAGGCCUGCUACAUGACCUGGAACGCGGACUUCACUUGGCUCAUGAACCCCGGGCGCGAUGUGCCCAUCAUGAGCGGGGGGUUGUUGGGUCUGAGCAAGCGCUGGUGGCAGGAGACUGGUGGAUACGAUGACCGCAUGGUGGCUUGGGGCGGUGAGAACAUCGAUCAGUCGCUGAGGAGCUGGCUUUGCGGAGGCCGCAUUGAGGUGGCAGAAGGCGCUUUUGUGGCGCAUAUGUGGCGUGACGCGAACAAUCCGAAGACACAACUGAAGUACACGAUGAAAACGGAGGAUGUGAUGAGAAACAAAGCACGCGCAGUAUCAGCUUGGCUGGGUCCAUUCGCCAACAAGACGUUCACAUUCCCAGAGUACGAUGAGUUUUUCAAUGGUGAAAAUUCCAUUGGCGAUUUGAGCAACUUCAAUGAGCUGAGACAAAAGCUCAAGUGCGCAGAUUUCUCUUCAUACAUCCAACGCUUUUCCUACGUAUACCUGGAUGGCGGCCUUGUUCCUGAGAAGGUUUUCCAGAUUCAGGAGGUGUCCACGGGCCUGUGCCUGGAGAGGGAAGCCAAGGAGACGCGGAGCCAUGGCAUCGUGUUGUCGCCCUGCGUGGGUGAGGAGAACAAGGGGCCCAUCGAAACCCAGUUGUGGCACCCCGGCAACCGGGACCGCAGCAGGGACGGUUCCUGCUGCAGUGGUCUCAUGAACUGGAACUUCCUGCAGUGCCUCAGUGCCGGGGGCCACGGCACCCCCGCAGCCACGGAGGAGUGCGAGAUCGGGGGUCACAACGCGCACCAGCACUUCCGGCUGGGCCCGGAAGGCUUGGUGUGGCGGAACGGCCUGGAGUGCCUGGCGCCCACCACACCGGAGCCCGCGGUGGAUGUCUACAACAAGGCCUUGAGCAGCUGCAGGCUUCAGGUGCAAGAGGUGGACUCAGGCGUCCGUCUUCAGGUCCAAGGGGAGGCCCUGCUCUGCGUGACGGUGGAUGGCGCAGAUCCCGAGAGAGUGACGCUGGAUUUGCAGGAGUGUGACAAGGAUGGGCAAGUAUUUGCCACCAAAACUUAUGGGGAUGGUGUGCAGCUGCAGCUGCUGAACACUAACAUUUGCUUAGAUGCAGGGCAAGGCGAACACAUUCUGCCGUACGCGUGCUACCCUGAUGACAAUCGAAACCAAGCAUGGAGCAUCACCAACCGAAAGCUGGUGUGGGAUGGGGGGUAUAGAUCCAAGUGUGCAGACAUGAAAGACAAGUUGAGUCUGCAUGAUCUGCCUGAACAUGGGCAUUUGACGCUGGCAGCCUGCAGCAACAAGCCAGGACAGCGCAUCCAAAGGCAUGAUGUGCAUCCUGAUGGAUCCUUCCUCUUGCGGGAUGCUGAUUUGGGCAAGUGCCUGUCGGCCAAGAGGGGCAAGGAAUUUGAGACGCAGCUCAGCUUCGCAAGCUGUGACCAAAGUGACCAGCGCUUUCGCGAACUGAAGGGCAGGCAGCAGGUGCAGCACAUCCCCACCGGCUUUUGCUUCGAUGCUGGCAAUGACAACCACCCUAUUAUUUACCCCUGUCAUGAGCCAAAGGCUCAAAGGAAGCAACGAUUUGCCAUUGUGGAUUCUCCUGGCUGGGUCCAGCUGAUGCGCGGCUGGGAGGACAACGGGCGCAAGCGCUUUUUCGAGCGCUGCCUGGAUUACAGGCCGCAGCCGCCUGCACGAGCUGUCUUGAAGAAGUGCGCAGAUGCCAAGGAAGCUGGAGUGAAGUGGCGCUUCAUCAACACUCAAGUAAGCACGGAAUGGCAGCUCUGGCAAAACGCGGCCAAACCGACCGGCCUGCCACUGGGGGGCGAUGUGGCACCUCCAUGA